GUGUGACAAUAUUCACCCUCUUUACUGAUACCAAAGAGCUAAUAGGCUGUCUAACAAUAUCAAGUUGUCUUCAUUUCCAAGAAGUGCAAGGCUGUCUCAGGGAUAAUGACGUCACUUUAGGGCCAACAUUAUUCAGGUCACUUUGGGGGAGGCUUUGUGAGGAAAUGCAAAUGUUGGGCUUAAAGAGGAAGACUUCCCUUCAGUUCUCCUCUCACUUAAACAAUCUGUUCUGUCCCUCUAUUCAAGAUGCAGCUUUAUGGAGCUCUGAUUCUGUUUACCACUCUGUCUGCAGCAUGUGGAUUAAGAUGCUACACAUGCACAGCCACCAACCCUAAAUCCUGCACGGACACCAAAUCUUGUCCUGUCAUCUUCAACCGUUGUUUCUCUCUCAGAGUAGAUGGUUAUAACAUGGUUACCAAGGGCUGCCAAACCAGCAUAGCAUGUGUUGGUGCCAUAGCUUGCUGUGAAGGGGACUUGUGUAACAGUGCCAUACCAACUGGUCCCAGCGCUUUCAUCCUGCUGGUUUCCUCAGCCACCAUCACACUCUUUCUCUGAAGCUCUGGAAUGUUGUUAUUUCAUGCUGUUGUUUUUUUUUUUUUUUGACCCAAUUUGUAC